AUGCCGACACAGUCCCGAGCACAAACAGCGGCCGAUCAGGUGUCGCGGCAGGAGAAGGAUCGAGCGCUCGCGCUCCGCCUCGUGGAUAUCAUCGAGAACGCGAAUCGGCGGGUUGUGCCGAUAGUGAGGUUGUUGCAUAGUAACAUCGAGAAGGCCGAGCAGGAGAAAGACGAAGAGCGGGACGAAGAAAAGUUGGUGGAGAAGUUGCGACCUUUGCUGGAGGAAGCGCAGAAGAUCCUGUUUGAGACGAGCGGCGCAGUCGAGGCAGCGGAUCCCGACGAUCGGAUGAAGAAGCAGGCGGAGAGGAACGUGGAAGACCAUGUUGCCACGCCGGAGGAACAGCGCUUGGCCGCCGCCCUGAAGACCUUGGUCGAGCAAGUAGGCGGGUCGAUCGACUGGUGCAAGGCGAAGUUGGCAAAGUUCCCGCGCGCAGAGCCAGACUUAGGACCAUUGGUGGAGGCGAUGGGCAAGCCAUUAUUUCAAAUCUUGACGGGUGUCGGGCUUCUUCUGCAUGGCGUUUUGACGCUGGUGGAGAACUUACUCGCCGGUAUCGGGUUGCAUAAGCUCGUGAGGUCCAUCGUGGCCCUGUGCGGCUUCAAGGGGUUCAAGCCUAUGGGCCCAGGGAAGUGGAUGGACAAGAGAGGUAUACCUCUAGAUUGA